GAAAGGUGAAGGACGAAGAUGGAACCGUAAAUUUAUUUUGUUUAUAUUUUUUUAUAUCAAUAUUUAGUAAUAUUUGCUCAUCAUGGGGACGCAAAAGCCUGGCGAAUGGGCUAAUUCGCUCAUAGCAAGAUUUGAGGAACAGUUGCCCUACAAGACUGGAACACAAAACCUCCACUCUCGUAUCAAUGAAGAACAGUGCAAAGCCUGCCUGGUUCAGAUCAGUCGUCACCGAUUCUCCCUGGUCAUCGCGGGUCUUACAAAAAUAUUGCAACGUGUUAAUGAACUGUAUCAACCUACAAUAUCAACGGGCCUAAACCGUCCCCAAACGGAGCUGGAGAAGGGUUACCACGACAGCCUGGUGAUCGUGCUGGACACGCUGGAGAUCUGCCUCAGCUCCCAGCCGAAAGACACCACUAAAUAUGACGAAGCCAUGAAUGUUAAGAUCUUGCUGCGGGAGUUGGCGCAGUUCAUUGAUAUGCGCAAUGAGAACGUAGUGAACAACACCCUGUUGCGCCAGCUGGCCAGUAAAGUGCUGUUCGCGCUCAGCCUAAAUUUCUUCAAUGCAGUAUUCAACAGGAUCAGUGCCAGGCUUCAGGAAUUAUCAUCUAGCUCAGAAGAAAACCCCGAUUAUACAGAUAUAGAGUUAAUACAACACAUUAAUGUUGAUAUAUUACGGCUUAUACGGCUACUGACAGAGUCUAUUCAAAAGUUUAAGUUAUUGAGAAAGUCCGCACACAUAGUUCUGGUGUCGUCUUUGGAGAAAGCUAUCUGGAACUGGAUGGAUACCUACCCCCAGGAAUUCGCAGAAGUCCAAUCUCGGCCUAACGAGGAGUUGAGCAAGUGUUGCGACACACUCUUCGACAUUUUGCAAGACAGUUUCUCGGAUAAUAAAAAGUCUAGGGUCGCCAUGUGGCCGCUUCAGAUCAUGCUGUUGGUGCUCAACCCUAAAGUUCUAGAAGAAAUCGUAAACGCCGAUAGCGGAGCGCCGUGCAGCCCGAGACACACGAAGAAGAAGCAUUUCAUUGAUUCCGUGAAGAGGGGACUCAGUCCCCAAAACAAUUCGAAGCAGAUGACCGAAGCGGCCGUGGUGACGUGCGUGAAGCUGUGCAAAGCCUCUACGUACCUGAUAGCAGACUCCGGGAACGUCACAUUUGUUCUCGUCAAAUCUGUCAUUAAUGAUUUGAAGUCCCUCCUGUUCAACCCGUCGAAGUCUUACAUCCGUGGCAACCUGAUCUCCGGCUACUCGGAGCUGGACCUCAUGACGGACUGCUUCGUCUCCCUGUUCAGGAUCAUGCCGCACAACAAUGACGCCCUCAAAGUCUGCCUCAACCUCUCCACUCACAUCUCUUAUCACUAUGUCAUCGUCAACUCUUUGCUCAGGAUAAUAAAGCAGCCGCGCCUGCCGUGGUGGCCUCAGAUAGAGCUGCUGUACCCGCGCGCGGCGGAGCUCCGAGCCAUGUUCACGGACACCCUCAACAAAGCCACCCAGGGUUACAUAGUCCACACGCCCCUCCGCAUGAUAUCGCUGUCACUGAGCAAGUCCAAAGAGGUCCAGUCGAAGUUCAACAAGUCUGAGGAGAUGCCCGCGUACAGGAACCUUCUCCUGUGCAUGGUCAAGUUGAUCCAUGCCGACCCCAUGUUGAUGCUCAGCAAUCCUGGACGGUCGGGCGUGGAGAUCCAGUCGUCCACCACGGAGCUGAUCAACGGGCUGGUGUCGCUGGUGCACCAGACCGGCAUGGGGGAGAUCUCGCAGGAGGCCAUGGACGCGCUGCUGGCGCUGCACCGCGCUGACAGGGUGCACAUGUGGAACCCAGAAGCGCCACUCAACACCUUUUGGGACAUCAGCUCUCAAGUCCUGUACAACAUAAGCCAGAAGCUGAUCCAGCGUCAGAUCUGCAACUACCGCGAGGUGCUGCGCUGGCUGCGCGACAUCCUCACGUGCCGCAACGAGUUCCUCGCCAAGCACAAGGAGUACGCCAACGUGGGCUCGCAGAUACCCAUCUGUAAGCAGGCGCACAUCAAGCUGGAGGUGGUAUUCUUCAUGUGUCUAUGGUCGAUAGACACGGACGUAGUGCUAGUGGCCAUGUCGUGCUUCGCGCUGCUGUGCCAGGAGGCGGACAUCCGGUGCGGCUCCGACGAGAUCAGCACGCAGUGCCUGCUGCCCAACUACGCGGUGUUCCAAGAGAUCGCGCACACUUGCAGCGUCCUUACUACUGGUUCCGCGGCACUGCAGAAGCGGAUAAUGGCGCUGCUGAGGAAGAUCGAGCACUGUGUCAAUGGCGUGCAGCCGGUGUGGGAGGAGACCUUCCGAUGCUGGGACUCCCUAUGCAAACUGCUCCAGAAAUAUCCCAAAGGCCAGGGGGAGAAGUUGGACGAUUGCCAAGUGGAGGCCUUACAUCGAGCUGUGGCCAAGAGGCGGGUGUCGCACCAUACCAGCAGCGAACACGACUUUGAGUUGCAAGUACAAGAGUGGGCCAAUAUAACGUCGUUCUUAUGCGCGUUGGGAGGCGUCUGUCUUCAGCGGAGACCCGCCGCCUUGUGGCCGCAUUUGCAUUCACAUGACUCGCGGAAGUAUAACGUGUUGGCGAACAGUUCACAAGAGGUUCAGUACUGCCCUGUCACACAGUUCAUAGGUCAGCUUCUGCGUCUGCUCCUCUGCAGCAACGAGCGUUUCGGCCAACAGAUCCAGACCCACGUGAAGGAGCUGGUCGGCCACGAGAUGUCGCCGGCGCUGUAUCCGAUACUGUUCGAUCAGAUCAAGGCGAUCAUUGACAAGUUCUUUGAUCAGCAGCAGCAGGUGAUGCUGACAGACAUAAACACGCAAUUCGUGGAGCACACAAUAUUCAUUAUGAAAAGCAUACUGGACAACAAGAAGAGCGUUCAGCCCACGGAACAUCUCAGCACUACGUCUAUUGAGGGGCUCAUGUUGGCCAUAGUGAGGUACGUCCGCCAUCUUGACAUGACUGUGUUGUCGGUUCACAUAAAAACGAAGCUCUGUCAAGUCGUCGAAGCCAUGAUGAGGAGAAGGGAUGACCUAGCUUUCAGACAGGAAAUGAAGUUUCGCAACAAAAUGGUAGAGUACGUGACGGAUUGGGUUCUGGGAACCAGCCACCAGAUAGCGCCACCACUGAGGGCCGACGCGUCAUCUAUAACCAGAUACCUGGUAUGCUGUAGGGAAUUGGACCAGGCUUGUAUGGAAGCGGUGGCCGCUUUACUCAAAGGGUUGCCGUUGCAACCUGAAGAAUCCGAUAGGGGAGACCUCAUGGAGGCGAAGAGUCAGCUGUUUUUGAAAUAUUUCACCCUGUUCAUGAACCUGCUGAACGACUGCAACGAGGUGGAGCUGGCCGAAGGUCCAGGGCGGCUGGAGACGCUGAGGAACGCCACCAUCCAGGCCAUGUCCAACUUGCUCAGCGCCAACAUCGACAGCGGACUCAUGCACAGCAUCGACCUGGGGUACCACCGCGACCUGCAAACCCGCGCCGCCUUCAUGGAGGUGCUGACCAAGAUCCUGCAGCAGGGCACGGAGUUCGACACCCUGGCCGAGACCGUGCUGGCCGACAGAUUCGAGCAGCUGGUGCAGCUGGUCACCAUGAUCUCUGAUAAGGGCGAGCUGCCAAUCGCGAUGGCUCUCGCGAACGUUGUGAGCACGUCGCAAAUGGACGAGCUGGCGCGCGUGUUCGUCACACUGUUCGACGCCAAGCAUCUGCUGGCGCCGCUGCUGUGGAACAUCUUCUACAGGGAGGUGGAGGUAUCAGAUUGUAUGCAGACGCUUUUCCGUGGCAAUUCCCUCGGCAGCAAGAUAAUGGCGUUCUGUUUCAAGAUUUACGGACAUUCGUAUUUGCAGUCCCUGUUAGAGCCACUCAUAAACAACUUAUUGGAGAAAGCUGCCAAUGAACCCGACCUCAGUUUUGAGGUAGACCCGGCCAGAUUGGACGCCAACCAAGACAUAGAGCUGAACCGUGCGCAGUUAACCGACCUCACGAAAGAGGUGUUCGAUCGUAUCGUGAACUCGGCUGAUAAGUUCCCGCCGCAGCUGCGUAGCAUGUGCCAUUGCUUGUACCAGGUGCUGAGCAAGAGAUUCGCGCAGUUCCCGCAGACCAGCGUGGGCGCGGUCGGCACCGUCCUCUUUCUGAGGUUCAUCAACCCCGCUAUUGUGUCCCCACAAGAGAUGGGCAUAGUCUCACGUCCUGUACCACCUGCGGUGAAACGCGGCCUCAUGUUGAUGUCCAAGAUUCUGCAGAACAUCGCGAACCACGUGGAAUUCUCCAAGGAACAGCACAUGCUGCCCUUCAACGACUUGCUCAGGGUGCACUUCGAGCAAGGAAGGAAAUUCUUCAUCCAAAUAGCGUCCGACUGCGAGAGCGCUGACCAGCAGUCGCACAACCUGUCGUUCAUCAGCGACGUGAACGUGGUGGCGCUGCACCGGCUGCUGUGGAACCACCAGGAGCGCAUCGGCGACUACCUGUCCUGCAGCCGCGACCACAAGGCGGUCGGCAGGCGGCCCUUCGACAAGAUGGCCACUCUACUAGCGUAUUUGGGACCGCCGGAGCACAAACCUGUAGAGUCCACAUCCGGCCUCCUCUUCUCCUCGUACGCCCGCUGGUCCUCCAUCGACAUGUCGUCAACCAACUUCGAGGAGUUCAUAGUGAAGCACAACAUGCACGAGAAGGAGGAGUUCAAGAGCAUCAAGAGUCUGAACAUCUUCUACCAGGCGGGGACCAGCAAGAACGGGAACCCCGUGUUCUACUUCAUCUCCAGGAGAUACAAGAUCGGCGAAGUGAACGCGGACCUACUCAUCUACCACGUGAUCCUGACUUUGAAGCCGUUCUGCCAGCAACCGUUCGAGCUGAUCGUCGACUUCACUCACACAAACUCUGACAACAGAUUCAGGACGGAUUUCCUGCAGAAAUGGUUCUCGGUCCUACCUGAAGUGGCAUACAUCAACAUACAAGCCUGCUACAUAUACAAUUGUAACAGUUGGGUGCGGGAGUAUACUAAGUUCCAUGAGACUAUAUUGGCACCAUUGAGGAACAAUCGCAAGCUGGUCUUCAUAGACAACCACAGCCGCCUCAGCGAGUACGUGGACAGCGAGCAGCAGAAGUUACCCGGGGCCACGUUGGCUUUGGAAGAGGACUUGAAAGUUUUCAAUAACGCGUUGAAACUUUCGCAUAAGGACACCAAAGUUGCUAUCAAGGUGGGACCUACAGCCCUGCAGAUCACAUCAGUGGAAAAGACCAAAGUGCUGGGUUUACCCGUCUUAUUGAACGACGUGUAUUACGCCUCCGAAAUCGAUGAGGUUUGCCUCGUGGACGACAACCAAUUCUCCUUGUCCAUCAUCAACGAAGCGACUCCACUCAGCUUCAUACACAACGAUUGUGACAACAUCGUUCAGAGCAUCAUUCACAUAAGGAACCGGUGGGAGUUGAGUCAGCCGGAUUCCGUGACAGUCCACCAGAAGAUCCGGCCGAAGGACGUCCCGGGGACGCUUCUCAACAUGGCGCUGCUCAACCUCGGCUCCUGCGACCCCAACCUCAGGACUGCGGCCUACAACCAGCUGUGCGCGCUCACCGCCACCUUCCAUCUGAAGAUCGAGGGUCAAUUGCUGGAGACUUCAGGUCUAUGCAUCCCUUCAAACAACACGAUCUUCAUAAAGUCUGUGAGCGAGAAACUGGCUCACAACGAGCCUCAUCUCACUCUGGAAUUCCUAGAAGAGUGUAUACAGGGCUUUCGAGGCUCCACGAUAGAGCUAAAACAUUUGUGCCUGGAAUACAUGACGCCGUGGCUUGCAAACCUUGUAAGGUUCUGCAAACCAUCAGAAGAAUCCCGCCGUCAGAAGCAGGUGGCCGGCAUUCUGGAGAAACUGAUAACCCUCACAAUAGAGGAGACGGAGAUGUACCCAUCAGUCCAGGCCAAGAUAUGGGGGUCCAUUGGUCAGGUGCCAGAGUUGAUUGAUAUGGUGCUAGACAGCUUUAUACAGAGGAGUGUUAAUUCAGGUCUUGGAUCUCCGAUGAUAGAGAUAAUGGCUGACACGGCAGUGGCGCUGGCUUCGGCCAACGUCCAACUGGUCUCCAAGAAGGUCAUAGGACGGAUGUGCAGGGUGGUGGACAAGACUUGUCACUCGCCGACAGCGAUGCUGGAACAGCAUCUGAUGUGGGACGACAUCGCCAUCUUGGCAAGAUAUUUGUUGAUGCUCUCCUUCAACAACUGCCUGGACGUGGCCCGCCAUCUUCCAUACCUGUUCCACACUGUGACCUUCCUAGUAUGCUCCGGUACUGUAUCGAUGCGCGCCGCGACCCACGGCCUGGUGAUCAACAUCAUACACUCUUUGUGCACAUGCAACACGCCCAGCUUCUCCGAGGAGACUCAACGUCUACUAAUGCUGUCAUUGGACGAGUUCGCGCUGCCCAAGUUCUACCAGAUGUUCGGCAUCUCCAAGGUGAAGUCUGCAGCAGUUACCGCCUUCAGGAGUGUGUACAGCAGGCACACGAGCGACUGCCGCUACUCGGAGCACUCGUACUCCGCUUGCACGGAAGCGUCGACGUCUAGCAGCGUCGGCCCCACUCCCCCUUCCGCCCCCCUCUCCUCAGACAGGGAGAGACUGCCGCUACAGUCCCUGGAGACGAUCUGCGACGCGCUGCUGGAGAUCAUGGAGGCCUGCAUGCGGGACAUACCCGAUUGUGAUUGGCUGUCCACCUGGACGUCGCUGGCGAAGAGCUUCGCGUUCUGCUUCAACCCCGCGCUGCAACCGCGGGCGCUCAUCGUGUUCGGAUGUAUCAGUAAGAACGUAACGGACGAUGACAUGAAACAACUCCUCAGAAUACUUGUCAAGGCGCUGGAGUCUUUCAACGACCUCGCACUGCUUGAAGCGCUCAUCAUGUGCCUGACAAGACUUCAACCUUUGUUGCAUCCGGAAUCACCCAUCCACAAGGCGUUGUUCUGGGUGUCGCUGUCCGUUCUGCAACUGGACGAGCCCACAUUGUACGCGGCCGGGUUGGCGCUGAUGGAGCAGAACUUGCACACUCUCGAUUCUCAGGGACAAUUCGAUACCAAGUCGCUGGAGAUAUCGUUGAUGGAGACUAGGGAUCCGUUGGAGUGGCAUUUCAAACAGCUUGACCAUGCGGUUGGAUUGAGUUUCCGUUCAAACUUCCACUUCGCCCUGGUCGGGCACCUGAUCAAGGGCUACCGGCACCCGCUGGCGGCCACCGUGUCGCGCACGUGCCGCGUGCUGUCCGCGCUGCUGGCCGUCACCGCGCGCCGCGACCGCGACAAGUUCGCCGUCACCACCGACACCGUCGCCUACCUCACUGCCCUCGUUUGCGUCAGCGAAGAAGUCCGUUCACGUUGUCACGUGAAACACUCUCUGCCAAAAUGGCUGCCAGAGAGUUGUGACCACUACUGUGUCACCGAGCAUGACCAUCAACAGGCGUCGCUGCUGAUGCAGCCGCCGUGCGCGGGCCGCCGGCAGAAGUCUUGGGACGUGCUUGAUCAGGCCGCCAUCUCCUCUGCGCAUGGAGGCAAAUCCCCGACGCUCCAGCAGUCCUCCAGCGGCGGCCACAGCCCCCACCUGGCCUCGGUGACGCACCAGGACAGCGAGGGGCGCGCGCACAGCAUGCAGCACGGCGCGGCGGGGGACGCCGCGCGCGCCGAGCAGGGCGGCGACGCCGACAGCGGGCUCGACGUGGUGGAAGAUGACGGCCGCAUUUCACCGAGCAGUACCGAUGACGUCACGGAACGACCCUCCUCCACCAAGUCCGGGGACAGUGACUACCCGGAGACUUCCACCAAGCAAGCGUCAACUGACAAAGAGUCGUCGAGUCCGGAGUCGAACAGCCUCCUCGACCCGUCGGUGCUGCAGGACUUCACCACUCAGGCGCUGGUGCUGACCGUGCUCGCGACGCUCGUCAAAUACACCACAGAUGAAGACGAAAUCAGGAUUCUGUACCAGUACCUGGCCGAAGGCUCUGUCGUGUUCCCGAAAGUGUUCCCGGUCAUACAUAGCCUGUUGGAUAUGAAGAUCAACCACGUCCUUAUGCAUUGUCACGACCAACUUAUACUCAGCGCCGUGCAAAGCAUCAUACAGAACAUGAUAGCUUCGGAGGACGCGAGCCAACAGCAGCUGCACUACAUGCAGAGCUGCGGCUUCGGGGGGCUCUGGAGGUUCGCCGGGCCCUUCACCAAGAACCAGUGCACAGCGGAGAGCAGCGAGCUGUUCGUGAACUGCCUCGAGGCCAUGGUGGAGACGUGCCUGCCCGGCGGCGACGAGCCGCUCGCCCGGGCUCCGCCCCCCGACCCCGACAAUCACGACCACGACCACAGAUACGCGGGUGUACUCCGGCAGCCCACACUGUAUUGUUCCAAUACAGACACAUAGCGAAAACCGAAAAACCGCGACUUCUCUACAAACACAUUGUAGUCGUCAGCGGGAGACGCUUCAAGGCAAAGCGUUUGCACGAAUAUGAUCUCUACGGCAAUUACUUUAAGAGCUAUCAGUAUUGCACUGCUAUUGAAACAAUAUUAAAUUGUUGUUUUAUAACGUUGGCGUCUGCGCGUACUGCCGCCAUUUUGAUUAAACUCAUGUACUGUACAGACUGCGUCAAUCAAAAGUAUCGAUGCGUUGUAAAUUUAAAAGAAUUCUUGCGAAAAAUUAAAUCUCCAAUUUUUAGAUUCUCUGGAAGAGAUUGUAUUAUGUGUCUGAACAUAUUUUGUGCGUCAUUUAAUAAAGAUUUUAAUUUUAUUAUGUGCCCUGUAAGGCAUUUUUUUUAAAAUCAAGAUUUUAUUAUCUUAUUGUGCAUUUACACAAAAGUGAGCAUUUUGUUGGCGCUGUCUGUACCUACAGUAAGAACGAAUAUCCAUGAUUUUUAUGGCCAACAUUGAACGUUAAACGGCGCUAAUGAUUGGAUAGUAAUAUUUAGUCCGUUUAGCCUACUUUUUAAUGUGUUAGUACAAAUUAAUUUAAUUUAUUACCUAUAUAAAUGUGCUUAAAAAAAGUAUGCUUUAUGUCGGCUACAUAUGGAGUCUCAUAAAGUUUCAAGGCACAAUUUGACGUAAUCUUGGAAUAACAAUGGUUUCACAAUUUAAAAGUUAUGCGGUAUGAUGAUUAUAUAACGUAACUCAGACUUCAAAUUAUGCCAAUUUGAGACUUAAAAUGGAGCUCUUUAGGUCGAAAGUCGUAAAGUAUUGUAGCCGAUAUUUAUCUGAGGUUUUUCUGUGUUUUUUUUUAAUUGGUGCUUAUUACUUAGUGCUGUUUGUUUAUUGUUAUGACACGCACACAUUUACAGUUAAUAUUAAAUAAAAGUUUAAAAAGUCUGUCACAUUGUCUUAUAUACAUACAUAUAUAUAGUAUGUUUUAACUUAAACUAUGAAAUUUUCUGCUGUUUUAUGACUGAUAGUGUCGCGUGAUUUUAUUUAUGUGACUUGUGGCGUAUAGAUUUCGCCACUGUACUCCCCCCAAGACCGGAGGUCUGAAGUCUUGAUCUUCUUGCUGUGCUUGCAAGCGCAAGUGCCAGUUGUCUUCCAGUGAGUCGGAAGUUGCUCGAAGUCCUAGUGAGUCAGGAGUGAGCCGUUGCGUUGCUCGUAGUCUGCGGUGAGUCGAGACAGUAGAGAGCGAAGUCGACUUGUUGGCGCCGGGAGAUAUCGUGCAGAGCUGCCACGCUGGAGAGAAGAGCGGCCGUCGAAGAGAUCCAGGCGUGGGCUGCGGUCGAUGCGUCGGUCGCUGAAGUCGAUGAGAGUGAGUGCGGGUGGAGACAGGACCAGGAAGCUCGGUGAGUCGGCUGCGAUGGACCUGCUGCGAUGCCCAGUUGCUGGCUUGCUGUGAGACUGCUUGCAGACUGAGGAGUGAUGAUGGUGAGGAUUGAAGUUGAUGAUGGAGAAGGUUGCUUCCAAUCACGUCGGUGUCACCAAGUAACUAAAUUUAGUGUAAUCUUCGAGAGUUCGAACUGACAUUCUAACUGGGUGAACCAUAACGCCGGUUCCUCGGGUCAAAAUGAUGGAACUCGUAUACCUACUCGCCAAACCUCGUCAAUUUUAUCCACUUUUUCCGAGACGGACAUUCCUAAUGAAUAUAAAAAUCGCUCACCGCUUGAAACAUGGACCAAACCCUUAAUCAUUUUGUUUUUCAGUCACUGAAAAUCAGUUUUGUUUUGUUUCUGGAAUUCGCUAGAUUUUGACAGAACUUUUUCUAGAACGUUUCAGAAAAAUUCAGAAGGAACAAAAAAUCUUAUUUGUCGGGGUCACCAAUGUAGCGGGAGCGAUGAUUCGGCUCGACUGCCACCAAAGGGAAGAUCUUCCUCCAGGCUGGUGUGACGCCUGGGGAACCGCGCGACACACGAGGUUGAGUCGGAGGUUGUGCUCCAGUCCGUGAAAUCUUUGCUUGCGCGAUUUAGAUAUUUCGCUGUUUUUUGACUGAUAGCGUCGCGUGAUUUUAUUUUUUAUUUUUGUGACUUGUGGCGUAUAGAUAGUUUCAUCAACAUGUCCAUGUUCUCGUACUGUUGAUCAACAACAAUCGGGGACGUCUUGGCAACAAAUCAAGUGAAGAUUUACCGAAACUGACGAACUUGCAUGAAGACAGUUAUGAAUGUGAAUGAAGCGAAAGAAGUAUGCCGGGAUCGUGGCAAGUGGAAAGAUGUAGUCUCUGCCGACCCCUCCGGGUUAUAUGUGAUUUAUAUAUGUAUGUAUGUUGAUCAACAUAAUCUUACCCCCUUCACGUUUUAUACAUAACGUUUCUCAGACGUCCUCUACUCUUAUUAGGACGUUGGCGAAACGUUUGUGGGUGAAACGUUAAGAAGGUGAAGAUUUCUGGUGAUCAACAAAACAUGGAUCAAUCGAAUGUUGAUGAGACGUUUCAGACUCUUAUCUGUUUGUCACCUCAUGUUCUCCCCUUAACCAAUAAUUUAGCAAGUAAAAAAGUUGGAAUACCUAGAAAAAAAAUAAGCGUAGAUAUAUUGUCUUACCCAUAAGUGGCACUAAAAUAAUUUAUUCCGUAAAACAGCACUUAUAAAUUUUGGCAAAAUAUUUUUAAUAUUAUAGUUGGCACUAAAUAAUUUUUUAGGUAAGAAAAUAUAGUUUAAUAAGAAUAAUGACCCUUUAUAAGAUCUCUGUUGAUGUAAUCCAGAUCUGAUUAAAUUAAGGCCUAAACUUAAAACAGUGAUAGACUGUCUGCCCCAUAGUUAACACUCUUUUUAAGAUAUACAUAUAUUAUAUAUAAAACAAUUGCUUUAAUUAAAUGCUAAUUUAUUUUGAUAGUAAUAGAAGGAAUUUCCUAUUACUAAAUAACCCCUUAUGUGGAAUUAAGAGUUUAGUCUCUCGUCUAUUUUGUGCAAAACUAUUUUUUUAAUGAUAGGUAUUUGGAUUUCUUCCAGUCAACUAAAAUUAUUAUUUAUUUGUUUAUACAUUAUUUUCCAAGGAUAAUGUUAUGUCAGUUCAAUAUUAUGACUAAUUGGUUAAUGACAUGAAAUUAAAUAUCAGGUGUGGAAAUAUUAUAUUGUAAAUAUUACUGUCUCGUUCCUGUCGAUGUUAUAUAAAAGAUAUAACGUUAUAAUCGUUACAGUGUAGUGUUGUUGUCUACGUAGUUACAUUUUUUUUAAACUGUGCUAACUCUAUUUUUUAUUCCAAACUGGUUUAAUGUUGGGACAUUAUAAGUUUAAUACAUGUUUCAAUUUUGUGAUUAUUAAUUUUUAUUAUAAAAUUAAAUUAUGAUGAUGUGCUAUUUGCCAAGUUGAAAUUUUAAAAAUAUGUGGUGUUAAAUGUAAUGUAGAACAUUAAAUGUAUCCAUUUAGGUAUCUUAAAGCUAUACGGUAAUUCUUUGUGGUAUAGAAACAUGCUUAAACAGAUUGAAUUGUUGAUUAUGUCCAAACAAUGUGCAUAAUUAUUAUGUUAUUUCGACUUUUUCUUGUAUUUUAGCAGAAAAAGUCCAUAGAAAAGAACAUUUGCUAUCAAAAUGUAAUUUAUUUUUUACAUUAAGUACUAUAUUUUGUUAGACACACAACUAACAGUUGUCCAGUAUUAUUAUAAAUAAGAAAUUUUAUCAAUAGAACUAUUUUAUGUCAGAUAUAUUUAUCUUUCGAUGUAUUUAGUAAAAGGAUGUGUAA